CUUUCCAGCACUGUGCAGAUUUUUAUGGAAAUUCUAGUCUCUGCAACCACAUUUUCAAAUAACAUCAGCAGAGAAAGCAGAAAGACUUGAGGUGUUCAAAAUGUCAAUCGCCCAGGCAGCGGCCAAGGCCAUGCUAUCUGAUGCCCUGCUGCGGGAUGACUCUGGGAUACACCGUAUCAGCCACCUGGAACUGGAGCUUCCUCUUGACAAGGUCAUCAAGUUUGUGUCUGUGGGCCUUCCGCUGAUGCUGGUGUGCAUGGCAUUUGCCCGUGAAAUCUCCCUGGGGCCUCAGAUCAGCUGUUUUCCUCCCAGUAACUUCACUGUGAAGCAGGCCAGCUAUAUAGACACAUACUGCUGGGACUCUCUCAUGCAUCAUGAGUUUGACAGUGAUGGGAACUUCGAGGAGCGCUCCCUCUGGGUACACAAAAUGUUCCCUUACUCUCUUCUGGCCAUGGCCGUGCUGAUGUACCUCCCAGCUCUACUCUGGCGCCAGCUUGUCAUGCCCACACUGGGAUCAGACCUGCUCUUCAUAAUUGAUGAACUAGACAAGUCCUACAACCGCUCAGUCCGAAUGGCCCAAAACAUUCUGGAUAUGCGCCAGAACACUAAGAACCCGCUGACGUUUCAGGCUGAGUUGCAGCGGGCCAAAAAGAAGCGGUACUUUGAGUACCCCCUUCUGGAGAGACACAUGCAGUGCAAACAAAACUCGUACUUUCUUGUUAGCAUGCUUUUCUUGCGGGGCUUCCUCCUCCUGAUCUUCAUGACUGCUGCCUGCCUGUACCUGGCCUACUUCCAUCUGUCUGCCUUCCUGCAGGAUGAGUUUAGCUGCUUUGUACGCACAGGGAUGCUGCGAGAUCAGAACUGGAUCCCUGAAUUGGUUCAGUGUAAAAUGAUUGGCCAGUUAGUCUUUCAGGUGAUAAGUGUUGCUAAUGGUGCCAUCUAUAUCCUAUUGGCACCUAUCGUCCUCUUCAGCCUCCUUCGACUCUUUGUUUGGGAUACCACCUUCAUUUCUAUCUAUGAGGUCCUCCCAGCGCUGGACCUCAUCAACAGACGACGGCUAGGUUGCCCACUGAACGACCUCAAUGUCCUCUUGCUCUUCUUACGUGCCAAUAUAGCUCACUUGAAGUCCUAUGGGCAGGUGAGGGCUUUGUGUUCUCUGGCACCCCCACAGGUGGGAAACACCACAGCACAACAAGGUUUACAUGCAAUGCUGACCCAAGAGGAAAUAGAGGAGCGUGAAGAGGCAGCAAAGGAGCUUGCUGAGGAAGUUGGGGAGGCCAGGGAGGAAGGGAAACUCAACUUAGUGGACAUCAUGACUAUUCUGGGAGCAGCACAGGGAAGAGUGGUGAACUGCAAUGAGAAGAGGCCUCUGGUGGAGGAGAACAUGAGUCUCGAGCCAAACCACCAGGGGUACCAUGAGUUGAAGGAGACUGCACCAUUUAGUCAUUACUAGGCCUCCUAUGGACUUAAUCAAUAUGAUAACAUGGGGGAAUAAGAAAGGGAAGGGGUGGGCUGAAAACAAAACAAAACAAAAACAUUUUUUGAGUUAUAAUGCAAAAAGUUCUGGCUGUAAAUGUCAAUGGAGCAGGAUUUGUCAGUUUUCUACAAUAUCUGCCACUGAAUUUCUUUGUGUCUCAGUAUAGGCGACUAAAUUACUAAAGGACAGUGUGCAAGAGAACACUCUUUGACAACAUGACAUUUGUCAGAAAUCAGAAUUCCAUAAAUAUACAGUCCAUACUGUACACUCCUGAUUUCCAUCAAGACACAAAAGAAUAUAUUCAGUGGCAGCUAUGGGUGCUAUUCAUUUUCCGCAACUUCCAUUGCAUAAUUUUAUACAAGGUGAGGGUAUUGAAUAUUUUAUUUGAUGUAUUCCUGUCUUUUAUCCUUUGUUUUCUGUGAAUUACAGACACUUGUAUUCUAUAUAUU